CUUCUGUGAACAAUUUGACAUUUUGACAAGUGACAUUGUCAAUUUGACUUUAUUUUGUUGUACGACGCUUUAUGUUCACAGCGUACAGCAAUUAUUUUAAAGCGUAAACAUUUUAAAUAUUUAAUUUAAUUGCUAUAUGUGAUAUGAAUAAAAAGUAUUAUUAAGUGUACACAAUUGCCAUUCACAAUGUUUUAUCACAUAUCGCUAGAACAUGAAAUCCUUCUUCAUCCUCGGUAUUUCGGGCCGCAAUUGUUGGAUAUUGUAAAGCAGAAGUUAUAUACCGAAGUGGAGGGCACUUGUACAGGAAAGUAUGGAUUUGUGAUAGCUGUGACAGCAAUAGACAGUAUAGGAGCUGGUUUGAUCCAGCCAGGGCAGGGGUUUGUGGUGUACCCUGUCAAAUACAAGGCUAUAGUGUUCCGGCCAUUCAAAGGAGAGGUCCUUGAUGCUAUUGUAACUCAAGUUAAUAAGGUUGGAAUGUUUGCACAAAUUGGCCCUUUAAGUUGUUUCAUUUCACACCAUUCCAUCCCAGCUGAUAUGGAGUUCUGUCCAAAUGUAAAUCCACCGUGUUACAAGAGUAAACAGGAAGAUAAUGUCAUACAGGAAGAGGAUGUCAUCCGACUUAAGAUAGUUGGUACUAGGGUGGAUGCUACUGGCAUUUUCGCCAUUGGGACAUUGAUGGACGACUACCUAGGAUUAGUAACACAGUAAUAUUUUUUAAAGUAAA